GUUCGACACGGACAAUCCGCAGAAACUUUUUUCUUCUUCCCUUUCUCCGUGGAAGAAGCCUCAAGAGAAAAAAAGUGAAGAGGACAAAACCCAACACUGGAUUACUUUUGAUUUCCAUCGCAGUAGGGGCUUUUCAAACUGCUCUCUGGAUAAAUUUUGCGCAUUUUUAACGGAUAAUGUGGUCCUAAAUUAGUGGAUAAAUCAUCAGUUGAAGCUGGUGGUGGAGGCCAGGUGAGGUGAGGUGUUUCUUCAGAGGAGGGAAACCAUGUUGCUCCUCUGCUCCUGUCUGACGCUGUUGGCCAUUAGCUUCGGAUCAUGUGACACGCUGACAUCAGUGCAAGAUGUACAGUGCCCGGACUUACAAGUGGAUGAGUGGAAGUUUCCUCAGUCUGCGAGGCACAAUAUAACAGGUUUCAAUCUGGUGAGGCGAUUCUCGCUGCUCAAGAGUGGAGAUGUCAAGAAGAUCCGCAACCCUCGAGGACCAGUCAUCCUUCGCCUGGGCAAAACAGCACUCCUACGCCCAACCGAUCAGGUGUUUCCUCACGGCUUACCUGAGGAGUUCACUCUGAUCUUCACCCUGGCAUUGAAGAAAGCAGCCCUGAGAGACACCAUCUACCUGUUCCAGAUCUCUGACGAGCAGGGCUACCCACAGCUCUCUGUAGACCUCAACGGCCCUGACAGCACCCUGUCCCUGCGUGCCAGAGGGGUAGAUCCCGAUGCCGAAGCUGUUAGCUGCGUUUUCUCUGGGGAAGGAGUGGAGGCCCUGAUGGAUCUGCGCUGGCAUAAGGUGGCUCUCAGUGUGCAACAAGAUCUGGUGUCCCUCCACGUGGACUGUAGCUCCAUUGAGACCAAACCCCUGGAUCCUCGCGGACCUCUGCUCAGUGACGGACACACUCUGCUGGGAGUCAGGGCUUCAGAUGCUGGCUCUGUGCAGAUGGAUAUUCAGCAGGUGAUGCUGUAUUGUGACCCCUCCCUUGCCAUUCAGGAGGCCUGCUGUGAGAUACCUGGGGCACGGUGCCCACCAGACACUCCUAAGAACCGCCGUGCAGCUGAGAAUGACCUGUUGGAAAACACCUUCAGCCAGGACAUUUUUGCAUCCAAAGAUCUAGCAGAGAAAGUUGCACAGUUUGAAAGAAUUGCUGCCUUGAAAGGAGAAAAAGGCGACCGGGGUGAUGGCUGUUCUGGCACCCAUUCAGGAGGCCCUUGCACACAUGGACAAGGCCAGAAGGGAGAGUCGGGAUCGCCUGCCAACUGGGGCGAAGCAGCUGGGUACAAGGGUCAAAAGGGAGAUCUUGGUCCUCAGGGUCUCACAGGCACUCAGGGAAGGACGGUCGAGCAGGGUCGAUCUGUGUGUUGGCCAAAGGGACAAAAGGGUACUCCAGGUUUUGUGGGACCUGAAGGACUUGCUGGUGAGCCAGGAAAGCCAGGACUUCCAGGCCCACCUGGACUUGGAAAGCCCGGCCUACCAGGUCCUCCUGGAGAGCCCGGUGGAGCUAAAGGAGACCAGUCAUUUGUUUUACCAGGGGAUUCUGGACCUAAAGGAGAAGAUGGCACACCAGGAGAUCCAGGCCCAAGAGGACGGGGGUAUAAGGGAGAGAAGGGUGACCCAUGUGAAGUGUGCCCUGUACUGCCAACAGACUUGGGCAACACAGUGGCUCUGCAAGGGAAGCCAGGCCCUAAAGGAGAGCCUGCCACAGGGCAGGGAGAGAGAGGAUUGGCUGGGCCCCAGGGUGUGGAUGGCAAGGCAGGACAGAAGGGAGAAGCCGGAUCAGAUGGCACCAAAGGAGGAAAGGGGGAUCCGUGCUCUGUGUGCCCCACCCUAGGAGAGUCGCCUCCUAACCUCCGGCCAGGUACAAUGAGCCAAACUCUGCAGCAAAAGGGACAAGGAGAGCCUGGGAAUGGGCUGAGAGGAGAGCAAGGGGAGCCAGGAAACGAAGGAUCACCUGGCCUUACAGGAGAGAAGGGUAGUGCAGGCAGCAAAGGAGCUGAUGGGAAGUCGGGGAAACCUGGACAAAGGGGACCGAUUGGCAAGGAUGGACAAAGAGGCCUGAAGGGAGAAGCAGGUACUCCUGGGGUUGGUUCUCCAGGACAAAAGGGUGAGAGGGGUGAGUGUGGUGUGUGCCAGCCAUCUGAAGUUGGAAGCGGACCUCCCAGCAUCAAAUUGCAUGAGGGCACCAGAGACAAUAAAGGAGAACCAGGCCCUCAGGGUCCCCCUGGACCUCCUGGUUUUGGAGCUGAUGGCAAACAGGGUCCACCAGGUCUUUUCGGGGCUAAAGGAGACAGGGGGGAUCAAGGAGAUGAAGGUCUAGAUGGAACUCCAGGAGUCCCAGGACUGGCUGGAGAGCCUGGUAGAGACGGACUUGAAGGGCUGAAGGGAGAGAAGGGUGACGCUUGUACCAGCUGUCCCACUCUGGGAUCUGCAGUAGGUGAUGGUGUUGCUGUGCCAGGCCCCAAAGGCGAAAGAGGAGAGCCUGGUCCCCCAAGAGAAGGAAAGCCUGGGAGAAAUGGAAAAGCAGGCUUACCAGGUGUGCAGGGGCCUGUAGGUCCCAAAGGAAGCAAGGGUGAAGCUGGAGCUGCAGGAGUUGGCCUCCCUGGACCACAGGGAGAGGAGGGACAACGAGGGGUCCCAGGACUUGCAGGACCUCUUGGACCUAAAGGAUCAACUGGCCCUGUUGGUCCUGCUGGAGAAAAGGGCUUCCAAGGAGAUGUCGGGCCUCAAGGACCACAGGGGCCUGUCGGCGUUGGAGCAGUGGGGCCGCCGGGUAGAGAUGGAGCCCCAGGCACUAGAGGAUUGCCAGGAGCUGAUGGCAGACCUGGACGUGAUGGAGCUAUGGGGGACAAGGGUCUACCUGGAGAGUGUAACUGCAUUUCCCCAGUGCUCAGCAACAUAGGCGGACCUGGUGCUCCAGGAACUCCAGUAAACACUUGGCAGCCCGGGCCUCAGGGCCCACCAGGACCUCCUGGUCCUCCUGGCCCCCCUGGGCCUCAGGGUGUGACUGGAAUCCAAGGACCACAGAACCCCAUUGGACCCUUUGUGCUGCCUCAAGACUCCACAGGAGGAGGUGAAGAUGAGGAUUGUGGUGAGGGCUGUACCAAAGGCUUGCCAGGGGUGCCGGGCAUGGCUGGUGCCAAGGGAGAGAAAGGAGAAGAGGGCAAGCCUGGUGUCACCCAGUUGGACAGCUGUGACAGGUGUUUAGAGAGACUGCAGACAGAGAGAGCGCAAGCGACACAAGCAGUGGGUGACCGAUCCUGCACAGGAACACCUGGUAUUCCUGGAAUGUCUGGAUCACCUGGAGUAAAAGGAGAGCCAGGUACACCAGGAGAUAGAGGUCAAUCUGGAAUUCCCGGAAACUUGGGACCUCCUGGUUUCCCGGGUCCUCAGGGCUCAUCUGGUUUACCUGGUCAGCAGGGAGAGCGAGGGCCGCCCGGCCUCAAUGGAAUGAAGGGCGAGCAGGGCUCUCCUGGGACCUCCGGGUAUCCAGGAACUAUGGGGCCACCUGGAAUGCCAGGGAUGAAGGGCGAGCGUGGGAGCGCAGGAACGAGUGGUCAGAAAGGAGAAUCAGGUCCUCCUGGAAAUCCUGGGUACCAAGGACAGGCUGGUGCAUCGGGCAUUAAAGGAGACACAGGACCAGCUGGGCCUGUUGGUGCAAAAGGAGAUCAAGGUUUCCAAGGACAACCAGGUUUUCCAGGACCACCAGGCGCUCCUGGUCUGGCUGGCAAGUCAGGAAGGGAAGGUGGCCCUGGACUCAAGGGUGAAAAGGGUAAUGACGGCCCACAUGGCUCUCAAGGACCAACCGGACCCCCAGGUUCUCCAGGCUCCCCAGGGCUCAUGGGUCCCCCUGGCAUUGAGGGAAUGGAUGGAAAAGAUGGAAAAUCAGGGUUGAGGGGCGAAGCAGGUCCUCCAGGCCCAGCGGGACCUCGAGGAAUCCCAGGAUUCAAAGGGAAAACUGGCCAUACCGGCUUCCCAGGACAGAAGGGUGAAGCUGGACCUUCAGGACCAGCUGGACCUCCAGGCAGAAUGGGCCAUGAUGGUGAUCCUGGUACCCCAGGAACUCAGGGACGACCUGGACCUCCUGGCCACCUUGGUGCUUCAGGUCCAGCUGGCCCACCAGGACCUCCUGGUCCAAAUGGAGUGGGUAUAAAAGGAGAUAAGGGCCAAGCUGGUGAUAGAGGUACCCCAGGGAUGGGAGGAGCCCCAGGGCCACCAGGUCACCCAGGACCUAUGGGCGAGCCUGGCAAUGACGGUGCUGCGGGUAAAGAUGGAUCGGUGGGUCUGCCAGGGGACAACGGGCAGCCGGGUCAAAAGGGUGAGGCUGGAACCCAAGGCCUCAGAGGUCCAGCAGGGGAGAGGGGUAGACCUGGGCCUCCAGGUGGUGGGGGUUACCACUCCAAGGAUGCACAACCUAUGAUUGGCCCUGUUGGACCCAGAGGAGAGAGGGGAAACGCAGGCCCAGAAGGGACCCCAGGGCUCCCUGGAACACCAGGCUCACCAGGAAAUGAUGCUGUAGUUAACUAUGAUGAAAUCAAGAACUUCAUCCGCCAGCAGGUCAUGAAGGUCUUUGAUGAGAGAAUGGCCUACUACAUGUCUCGCAUGCAGAUGCCAGUAGAGAUGGUGUCAUCCCCAGGUCGGCCUGGACCCCCAGGAAAAGAUGGAAUACCGGGUAGUCCUGGAGCCCAGGGUCCACCAGGAAUCCCGGGACAUAUUGGGAGACAGGGUCGAUCAGGAGGCCCAGGAUCCCCGGGACCACGAGGACCACAUGGAGAAAAAGGAGAUAAGGGUGUAGGAGAGAUGGGAGACAUAGGACCUCCAGGAGCACCAGGUAUUCCUGGCGCCCCAGGCUAUGGAAAAAUGGGACCUCCUGGUUCUGUUGGCCAGCAGGGUGUUCCUGGCAUCCCAGGCCCCCCUGGGCAGUCUGGUUCAAAGGGGAAUGAUGGCCGCUGUAAUCCUGGUGACUGUAUGAGCCAUCAAGUAGAGUACAGCCCUAAGGGCCCACAUGUCAAGGGCCCCUGGUAGAGGGCUGCAGGUGUUGCAGUAGAGGGGACUGAACCAAAGAGACUAUGAAAAGACAGAAAGCCAAAGACCGCUAUGACCAAAGAUAUUAAAGCUGACCACAAGAUGUAACACAGGAUGCUUUGUUGUUGAAUUGUAAAGGUUUACCCACACAGGUUUCUCUUGUAAAUGUGAGGAAAAGCCACAGUUCCUUCAACAGGCUCCGCUGGAAUGAGGCCUUCAAAGAGCACCAGCGGCUUAUUUUUAUUGCAUCACUUUUACUGUAUGAACACCAAAUCAGUGCUACAUUACUGCCUCUUAUUUUGGUUUCUUUUCUCACUGUGUUUCAUCCUCUUUGCACUUCCUCAAGGUGAUAAGAUUCACAACCACGAUUUUCUUCACCUUGAUUAACGCUGCCCUCUUCUAUUUUUACUUUUCAUUUUCUCUGCCUAAAUCUGUAGGAAGAGAACAUACAUUAUUAUUGUAGCACUUUGCUUCCAUCUCCUUUCCUUCCUCACAGGAUCACACCCAGAGUGCAUCUCAUGCAUUUCUAAUAUUCUGUCUCAACCCCGUGGUGUGAUACAUAUGUGAAUAUGACCCAGAGAGUUCCCCUCAAAAUGUAUUUCAGUUCAGUCAAAACAUAUCUCAAAAAGUGCAUUCAUACCCUCUUUGUUGGAACAGACAGUCUUGUAUAUAUUUAUAUUUAUGUAUAGUGGCUUUUUAUACUUUUUCAACAGAUUUGAUAAAGGACUUAUGCAUGGCCAGCCUCUUGUUUUUCUUUCUCAGUGGAUAUACAGCAACAUAAAAUGCCAAGGGGAUAUUUCCUAAAAUCUAUAAGCUUCCAAGAUGGUAUAAUGUGUUCAGUAAAAGACAAAUUAUUUAUGGAAAAAAAUGUGCUUACACAAGGAGGCAUAUUGGCUAUGGUAAUUAUGUAGCUCAAAUUAAUUUUGUCUCUUUUUAAAUCCACUCUUUUUGGGAAUAACAGCAAUUUUAAAGCAUCUCAUCUCAUUUUGUAUUCAGAGUACUGGCAAUAGCCAUCUGUCUGCUUCACCAGCCACUGUUUUAGAAGAUUAGAGUAAUAAUGCAGCUCAUUCUCCACAUGUACUGUAACACAAUUCACUGAGCAUGGCCACCAAGUCCUCAUAUUUGCAUAAAGUUGAAGAAAAUAUUCUGAAAAGCAUCACAAGACUUUUGUUGUGUGAUAUGACUGUAUUUCAGGGCUGGCUUUUUUUGUAUUUUUAUCAUUUUUAUAUGUGUAAGUAUGUGGAGUUUUAAAUCACAACCAUCGUUUGCAGCUCUGUUGUUUAAUCAGCAGUUUAAACUAUGAGCCAGACCUUUGUUUUUCACAAGCUUAAUGAACAUGUUCCGUCUUUUGCUGAAUAAAACCGCUUUUCAAAGA